GCUUAGCCUUAUUCCCAAAAGCUCUGAAAGGAACGGAGACAAUUCCCUGAGUAUUGGAGAAGGCUGAUGGAUCUAUGAUAAAAAAAAACGACAGGUUCGUGAACGCUGAGGAGAGAGAGAGAGAGAGAGACACUACUUUUAUUUACUGUGAUGAUGAAAAGUGUGUAUCUGAAAUAGCUAAUCUGGAUCGUCAUAAGUGUUUACUGCUGUGUGGAGUCGUUUAGAAAUGCUUCGUUGUAAGUCUUUUGUAGUGAAAAUACGACGGUAAUAGUUAAGCUUCCCUCAGUCGUACUUCGCCUCUUCUGUCUGGACACAAGAUGGUGGUGUCGGCGAGAAGUGUGAGUUCGGGAUGGGUUGGGAAAAGGAUGGAGAACAGCACAUCGGGGUUUCAAAAAUUCUGGCUCCUCUUAUGGAAAAACUGGUUAUUACAACGCAGACGAAAGAUUCAGAGUGUCAUAGAGGUAGUCCUGCCCAUCGUCUUUUGUAUCCUUCUGGUUGUGAUAAGGGACUUAGCACCUUCGGAAAACUUUCCUGAACCAACGCAUUACAAACCCUUUGAAAUCAAGGAUUUGCCAGCUAAUUUGACGCCAUCAAAAGCUGGAAUCUUCGAGAGCUUUGCAGACGCAAUAUUGGAUGAUUUUGCAGAACUCCGAAAACGCUCAAUUAGAGUUGAAUCCGAGUCGGAGAUAAGCAGCCUUCAGUCAUCAUUUCAUCAUCAGCCUGGACAUCCGUUUCCUACGAGGGAUGUUUCUAAAUUAAGCAGUGCAAGACAUCGAAAAAAGAGGUCCUACUGGUUUCUGAACAUCUUUAAUUCAGCAUGGCCACUAGCUUAUUCUCCAAAUAACACUGUAGUGAAUGAGUUGAUGCAGAUAGUAGCUGACUUGUUAUUUGUUAAUGUAGAAGGUUAUGGAUUCCGUACCGAGCGAGAAAUGGUUGAACGCUUGAUUACGACGACAAAGAAGGAAAACAGCACUUCGGAGGAAGAGGGGGUUGAAUUAGAGGAUGUUUUGGGCGGAAUUGUUUUUACCUGUGAUUUCCCGAAAAAUAACACUCUGCCUGAAAAAAUAUCCUAUAAAAUUCGUUUAAAAGGGGCCUUGAGAAGUGGAAAGAAGAGAAACCCAUUUGUUCCCCCUCCCCAGUGGUUGACAGAGAUCAAGUACCCUCUGUUUCAAGUCCCUGGUCCGCGUGAUCGGACUAAAGAACGGGGCGGAAGACCUGGUUACUAUGAUGAAGGGUUUCUGAGCCUUCAGUAUGCUGUAGAUACUGCCAUAAUUCGGAUGUUAAGUGGAAAGGAUCCAAGAGUGUUUUUGACCCUGAAGAUGCAACGAAUGCCGUAUCCGCCAUUUAUUGAUGACAAAUAUUUGGUGGCGUUACAGUCAUGGUUGCCUUUUGUCCUCUUAGCCUCAUAUAUUUAUCCUGCCAUCAAUAUAGUCAAAAGUGUUGUGUAUGAGAAGGAAAAGAGACUUAAGGAAUCCAUGAAAAUGAUGGGAUUACAGAACUGGCUACAUUGGUCUGCUUGGUUUAUUAAAUCAUUUAUUUUUCUGGCUACAUCUACUAUUUUGAUAACCAUCCUUUUGUGUGUCAGAUGGCAAGGGUCAAGCAGUUUAGCUGUUUUGAAUAACAGUGAUCCAAGUCUUGUUUUAGUAUUUCUGCUGACGUUUACCACAUGUUCGAUAGUUUCCUGUUUCUUUUUGUCAGCAUUUUUUUCCAAAGCAAACAGUGCAGCCACAGCAGCAGGUCUUGUUUGGUUCUUCACUUACUUUCCAUACAUGGUGCUCCGCAGUCGGUACUCUACGUUAACUCUUUCCAAUAAAUUAGUGUUGAGCCUUCUGCCAAAUACAGCUAUGUCCUUAGGGUGCCAGAUUACCUCAAUGUUUGAAGGUGUAGGCUCAGGCAUCCAGUGGCACUUAUUCUUCACGGGAGUGUCACCAGAUGAUCAUUUUACAUUGGGGCAUGUCUUUGGAAUGCUUAUUUUAGACACUGUUAUCUUAGGACUGUUGACAUGGUAUAUAGAAGCUGUCUGGCCAGGAGAGUAUGGAGUGCCUCAACAUUGGUAUUUUCCAUUCAUGGCAUCAUAUUGGAAAGGCCAGUCUGUGAGAAAAGAAGAAAGCAAACCUGUUAUGUCAACUACUCAAGACCCACAUUUUUUUGAGGCGGAACCAAAAGGGCCAUCAGCUGGAGUCAAAAUUACAGGUCUUACUAAGGUUUUUAGAAGAGGUCGUAAAGUUGCAGUAAAUGAUGUAUACUUGAACAUGUAUGAUGGGCAAAUUACAGUCUUGUUGGGGCACAAUGGAGCUGGGAAGACCACACUCAUGUCCAUGCUCACAGGUCUUUUUCCACCUACAUCAGGCACAGCAAAUGUGGGAGGGUAUGACAUUGUGACAGAGAUGGAAAAUGUUCGAAGUUCUCUUGGCCUUUGUCCACAGCAUAAUGUCCUUUUUGAUGAGUUAACAGUAGCUGAGCACAUCAUAUUUUUUAGUAGGUUGAAAGGCUUCCCAGAUGAAAAAGCCAAAUCUGAAGUAUCUCAUAUGGUGAAAAAACUGAAAUUGGAAGACAAAAUUGAUUCCAUGGCGAAAACUCUCUCUGGAGGAAUGAAGCGCAAGUUGUCUGUUGGAAUUGCCCUCUGUGCAGGGAGCCGCGUUGUCUUCUUAGAUGAACCUACCUCAGGAAUGGAUCCUGGUGCUCGAAGACUUAUAUGGGAUCUACUGCAGGAAGAACGGGCCGGCCGCACUAUCCUUCUCACAACUCACUUCAUGGAAGAAGCUGACCUCUUAGGAGAUCGCAUUGCCAUUAUGGCUAAUGGAGUUAUUCAGUGUUGUGGCUCCUCUCUGUUUCUCAAAAAGAAUUAUGGCACUGGUUAUCGCCUCAUCAUUGUGAAAGAGAAAAACUGCAAUGUUGGGGCUAUUACACAAGUCAUAAGAUCCCACAUUCCAGAUGCAGAACUAGAUCAGAAUGUUGGUGCCGAACUAUCAUAUGUCCUCCCAAGUGCCGAUGUCUCUAACUUUGAAGCUUUAUUUUUGCAAAUUGAAAAGCAAAAAGCUGCUCUGAAAAUUUCAAGCUUUGGUGCCUCACAGACUACUAUGGAUGAAGUAUUUGUUAGAGUUGGUGAAGCUGUUCAUCUGGAGAAUUUUUCACACUUGCACAAGAAAUUACAUCAUGGUGAAUACAACAAGACACCAAAUGUAGCAGGAAACCACCAUGAAAAUGGCUUAUUGGUGAAUAAAUCCAGCAGUAAUUCAAUUGAAGAAAUACAGAUGACUCCUACAGAAAAUGGAGCUAAGGACAUAGCCUUGAAUGGAUUUGACUCUGCCUCACCACGACGUGUGCCAUUGCAAAGAAAUACUGGAUGCUUUUUGAUAAUUCAGCAGUUUUGGGCAAUGCUCGUUAAGAAGGUACUUUACACGUGCAGGAAUAUACGACUUACUAUUGCCCAGAACAUUAUCCCAGUCGCCUUUUUAAUACUAGCACUACUUGUGAUUGAAACUAUACCAGGGGUCAAUGAUUCUCCUCCACAAGUGACCUUUACAACUAAGAACUUUGAUGGGACAAGUACUAUGCUUCAAGUUCAGAAUCCUAACAACUUGACGAGCUUGCUUGUGAAAGCACUGGAUUCAUCAAUUAAAUCACCAGAUAAAAUACAUUACAUAGAGCCCAGUAUCAAUUUUUCAACAGCAUUAUUACAGCAGGCUGAAAAAGACCUACCAACAUUCAAUCUUCACUGGAUGGUUGGGAUUCAGAUGGUUGGAGAUGAUCUUGGGGGAACUGCAACUGUUUUCUUCAAUGAUCAGCCUUUCCACAAUCCACCUUUCGCUCUGACUACUUUGAGUAAUGCUUUGGCGCGAGCAGUGACUGGAAAUCCAAAGGUGCAGAUCACAACAUCAAACCAUCCGCUGCCUCGAACUGAUUAUGACAAAUUAACCCAAGAUAUGAGGCAGAAUAUUGGAUUUCAAAUUGGUUUUAACCUGGCAUUUGGCAUGUCAUUUUUAGCGGCUUCAUUUGUCAUCUUCUUAGUCCAAGAACGCAGCACUAAAGCAAAGCAUCUCCAGUUUGUAUCUGGUGUCAACUUUCUUACAUACUGGGCAGCCUCUGCUAUCUGGGACUACAUAAUCUUCAUGGUUCCAUGCUGUUUGUGCCUUCUUUGUCUUUUUGCCUUCAAUCUUGAUGGUUUAAAUGGAGACCAGCUAGGAAAGAUAAUGAUAGUGUUCAUCUUCUAUGCAUGGGUAACACUUCCCCUCAUGUAUUUGUGUUCAUUCCUCUUUAAUGUACCUGCAUCAAGUUUUACAAAAAUGAUUAUCAUCAACAUCAUAACUGGUAUGGCCACUCUCAUCACAGUGAACAUUCUGCGCAUACCAGACCUUGAACUUCGACAUGUUGCUGAAUAUUUGGAUUGGGUAUUUCUUCUCUUUCCUUCCUAUGCCUUGGCAGCUGCUUUCACAGAUCUGUACAGUAACUGGCGGUUCACUGGCAUUUGCAAAAGAGAAAUAUUUAGCCUCUUGUGUGGUCUGAAAGCAUUUCCCAACCCAUGCUGCAAGAUUGAUGAGAACUGUGGUACUUUUGGCUGUGUUAAAUGGAAUGAAAACUUUGUCGCAUGGGAAUCACUGGGAAUAGGACGUAUGCUCGUGUUUAUGGCACUGGAAGGAUUUGUGGGCUAUAUUAUCAUUGCAUUAAUUGAAAUGAAAGUUUUCCAGGAAAUACAGUAUUCUUUGACUCGUCUGUGGCAUAAAGCUACUGUUGGACAAUCUGUAGAUAUUGAGGGUAGUACAGAUAAACUUGCACAUGAAGAUGAAGAUGUUAAAGCUGAGCGUUUACGGAUUCAGAAUUCUACUGUUGAGCAAUUGUGUAUUACAGAUAAGCUUGUUCUUCAGAACUUGUGUAAAACCUACUCAGGAAACUUAAUGGCAGUAGAUCACCUGAACCUAGGUGUUCCAUUAGGAGAAUGCUUUGGUCUCCUAGGCAUCAAUGGAGCAGGAAAGACAACGACAUUUAAAAUGUUAACAGGAGAUUUACAAGUGUCUAUAGGAGAUGCAUAUGUCAAUGGAUACAGUAUAAAGUCAGAUUUAAAAAAGGUGCAACAGCAAAUUGGAUAUUGUCCGCAGUUUGAUGCACUGCUAGAUCAGAUGACAGGGAGAGAAACACUGAGGAUGUUUGCACGAUUAAGGGGCGUUCCUGAAAAACAGAUCGAUGAAGUAAUUUCUAGUUUAGCAGACCAGUUGAUUGUUACUCAACACCUAGAAAAUUUAUGCGGAAAUUAUAGUGGAGGGAACAAACGUAAACUAAGUACAGGGGUAGCUUUGGUUGGAGACCCACCUCUUGUGCUUCUUGAUGAGCCUACAUCUGGAAUGGAUCCAGUAGCCAGAAGACUUUUGUGGGAUGUUCUAACAAAUGUACGAGAUGCUGGACGAAGCAUUAUUUUGACAUCUCACAGUAUGGAAGAGUGUGAAGCGCUGUGCACACGGCUUGCUAUCAUGGUUAAUGGAAAAUUCUGUUGUCUGGGAUCACCUCAACACCUGAAGAGUAAAUUUAGUGAAGGAUUUUCUAUAAUUAUCAGAGUGCAGAUAACAGACGGAUUCAGCACUAGAAAUGGCCACCUAUCGGAAAUGCCGCCAGAAAUGUUCAAAGUAAAGCAUUUCAUAGAGUCAACUUUCCCAAGAAAUCAGCUGCGUGAAAUGCAGUGGGGCAGAUUUGAAUAUUUUGUCCCAUCAGAAGGCUUAACAUGGUCCUAUGUUUUUGGAAUGCUAGAAAGAAAUCGCAUAGAGUUAGGUAUUGAUGAUUAUUCUGUCACCCAAACUACGCUUGAGAGGGUUUUCUUGUCAUUUACCAGAGGACAGAGACCCGAACAAGAUGGUACUUGAUAAAAAAUUCUGUGAUAACUAUAAUCAACAUUAAGAACUUAGUAUUUUAUUGUAUUUUUGAGGUACUGUAGUGUAAGCUGUAUAUUCUUUGAAUAUCUUGCUAAAGCCUAGAGAUUUUGCUGCUGCAGUAAUUUUAAACCCUGCAAACUUUAUAUGUUAUAACUGCAGGCUAAACUGGUACAGAAAUUGGGAGAACAUUAAAAUUAUAUAGGCCUACUUCUACCUUUAGCUAACAGCAUUUAGUCAGAAAAUAAUUAUUUAGUACAAUAUAUCAUAUACAUGCUCAGCAAAUUACUUUAACAACUUAUGGGUAGCAUGUAGAUACGCUUGUCAUUCAACAUACGGUAUGAAAUUUUAUACUUUUUGAUUGUAACUUUGUAGUUAAAUCUAAUUCUAAUACUAUGAUUUCUAAUGUUAGUGUCAUACUGUUGCACUGAAACUGCUACUCAUCUUUCUCUUAGCUCUUCAUGCUACAAUACAUCAGAAUGAUAAUAUUCAUCCAGAUUGUUCAUAAUCUACAGUAAUGUUAUUUUUAUAAGAACUUUUUAAUGUUUGCAUCAGUAAGUUUUUCAUAUAUACUUUUUCAGUACUGUGGAACACUCCAAAUGUCAUGUCAAUACAGUAGCGAUAAAAGAAUUCUAAAAUCUGAAAGGUUUGCACGAGUAAGUUUUUCAUAGAUACUUUUCAGUACUGUGGAACACUAAAUGUCAUGUCAAUACUGAUAAAGGAAUUCUAAAAUCUAUUUAUGUAUAUUUUUUACUCUAAACCCAGCAUUCAUAUAUAGCCCACAUUCAUGACCUUUGACUGUCCUAGCCACCGUAAUCUUACGUCAAACAGACAUGCCAAAUUUAAUGGUACAGCAUUUGUGCUAUUUAGAUCCUCAUGAGCACAUGCUUCACUUUUUGUGUCUGCCAACUGUUAACAGCUUGUCAGAAACUCCCAGACGGCUUUCAUAUUGCAAGGUUGGCGUACCUUUUAUUUUCAUCUCAACCUUAAGCACCUUAUUUUUUUAAAGUCAUUCAGUGCUUCCAACUUUAUUUACAGACUGAAUUAACUCAGACUGCUCCUAUACAGAGGUACUAGUGUAUAGAGUUACUAAGUAGUAAUUUAAUAAUUAAUUGACCAUGAUGCUCUUGCCAAAGUCUGUGUCCUAAGUCAUUAGCUUUUGCUUGUAAGUAUAAGUUGUAAGCACAGUAUGUAAUUAUCUCUUGUUACUUUGGGAACAAUAUUCUGUUACAGAUAUUUGCAGUACGUAGUUCCAGUACUAUGUAUACUUUAUAAUUAUUUCUAAUAUUCAUUUAUAAUUACGUAUUUCUAAUAUUCAUGUUUUCUGGGUACCAAUAUACUAAUUAGGGU